AUGAAAGGAUCGACCGUCCUCCUCCCCUGCUCCUUCACACCACCGAAGUCUGUCAAUGACAAUGGAACAGAAGUUUUGAUCGAGAUCAUCAGAGUCGUCUGGUGCAAGAACCAUCCAAUCCGUCACGGAUCGACUCCAUCUGUGUACGACAGCGAAUCAAACAACAACGACCCUCGUUACAGAUACCUUGGAAACAAGAAGGGAGACUGCACUUUACAGAUCACAGAUUUACAGAAGGAAGAUGGCGCAACUUUUCGCUUCAGAAUGGAAACUAAUGACAGCAGAGCAACUUUCACUGGCCAAUCAGGAGUGAGAGUCAGAGUUGUAGGUUCUCUGGAUCGAAGUGUGAACUAUCCAGAUCCUGUUUGUGGUGUGAAAGGAUCGACCGUCACCCUCCCCUGCUCCUUCACACCACUGAAGUCUGUCUUUAUUGAUGUAGGAGAACCUUUGAUCGAGGUUGUCAGCGUCAUCUGGUGCCAGAAUGAUGAAUUCUGUCAGUUUCUGUCCCGGUCCGUGUAUGACAGCGAAUCACAGAACAACGACCCUCGUUACAGAUACCUGGGAGACAAGAAGGGAGACUGCACUUUACAGAUCUCAGAUUUACAGAAGAAAGACGACGCAACUUUUCGCUUCAGAAUGGAAGCUAAUGACAGCAGAGCAACUUUCACUGGCCAACCAGGAGUAAGAGUCACAGUCGUAGAUGGUGAUCAGAUGAAGAUAAGAAGCUCCAGAGAUGACGGAGAGUUUAAAAGAGGGGAAGCAGUCACACUGAACUGUUCUGCUGAAAGCUGCACUAUCCACCAACUGGAGGUCAGCUGGUUCAGAGAUGGCCACGCCCUCUCAGAGUCUGGCCCCGCCCUCCAUCUCAGCGAUCUGACUGCAAAGGAUUCUGGGAACUACACCUGUGGUUUGAAGAAGAACGAGCGCACCCUCUCCGUCCCGUACAGCCUGCACGUGGAGGCUGACGAGGCAGAAGAGGCAGAAGAGGAAGGUGCUCUGAGUCAAAGUGUGAACUAUCCAGGUCCUGUUUGUGGUGUGAAAGGAUCGACCAUCACCCUCCCCUGCUCCUUCACACCACUGAAGUCUGUCUAUGACAAUGGAAGAGAAGUUUUGAUCGAGGUCGUCAGAGUCGUCUGGUGCAAGAACCAUGAAACCUGUUUCGGAGAGACUCCGUCUGUGUAUGACAGUGAAUCAAACAACAACGACCCUCGUUACAGAUACCUGGGAGACAAGAAGGGAGACUGCACUUUACAGAUCUCAGAUUUACAGGAGAAAGACGACGCAACUUUUCGCUUCAGAGUGGAAACCAAUGAUGUCAGAGCAUCUUUUACUGGCCAACCAGGAGUGAGUGUCACAGUCGCUGGUGCUCUGGAUCAAUGUGUGAACUAUCCAGAUCCUGUUUGGGCUGUGAAAGGAUCGACCAUCACCCUCCCCUGCUCCUUCACACCACUGAAGUCUGUCAAUGACAAUGGAAGAGAAGUUUUGAUCGAGGUCGUCAGAGUCGCCUGGUGCCAGAGCCCUAACUUCUGUCUGAAAGGCACUCCGUCUGUGUACGACAGCGAAUCAAACAACAACGACCCUCGUUACAGAUACCUGGGAGACAAGAAGGGAGACUGCACUUUACAGAUCUCAGAUUUACAGAAGAAAGACGACGCAACUUUUCGCUUCAGAGUGGAAACUAAUGACGGCAGAGCAACUUUCACUGACAAAUCAGGAGUGAGAGUCAGAGUCGUAGGUGCUCUAGGUCAAAGUGUGAACUAUCCAGAUCCUGUUUGUGGUGUGAAAGGAUCGACCGUCACCUUCCCCUGCUCCUUCACACCACCGAAGUCUGUCGUUGAUGAUGCAGGAGAACGUUUGAUCAAGAUCAACAGAGUCGUCUGGUGCAAGAACCAUGAAACCUGUCAGGGAUCGACUCCAUCUGUGGACAACAGCAAACCACAAAACAACGACCCUCGUUACAGAUACCUGGGAGACAAGAAGGGAGACUGCACUUUACAGAUCUCAGAUUUACAGAAGGAAGAUGACGCAACUUUACGCUUCAGAGUGGAAACUAAUGACAGCAGAGCAUCUUUUACUGGCCAACCAGGAGUGAGAGUCACAGUUGAAGAUGGUGAUCAGAUGAAGAUAAGAAGCUCCAGAGAUGACGGAGAGUUUAAAAGAGGAGAAGCAGUCACACUGAGCUGUUCUGCUGCAAUCUGCACUAUCCACCAACUGGAGGUCACCUGGUUCAGAGAUGGCCACGCCCUCUCAGAGUCUGGCCCCGCCCUCCAUCUGGGUUAUCUGACAGCAAAGGAUUCUGGGAACUACACCUGUGGUUUGAAGAGGAACAACCGCACCCUCUCCGUGCCGUACAGCCUGCACGUGGGAGCAGAAGAGGAAGGAACUAAAGCCUUUGACCCACUGCUGGCUGUUCGUCUGCUUCUCUUCACUCUGCACACUGUUCUCAUCAUCAUAGUAACGGCCAUCAUCAUCAAAAGGACGUGCGUUCGCAAAAAAAAGAUGAUGGUGUAGGUGAGUCACUAA